AUGACCGUUGAUGGGAAACCUAGAGUCCAGUAUCAAAUGCCAAAAACUUGUAGAGAAGUCCAUGAUGGCACCUUCACGUCACUGGUGGCUCAAGGUUUGAAAGGCUACGGUGAGCCUACUUCCAUGAAGGACGCCGUGCUUCUUGGGACGUCCUCCAUCACCCAGAACUUCAAGCCAAUUAAAAAUGUCUGCGCCCACCUGAACGCCUUCCACGCUUACGCAGAUGAUCUGGGUCGAUCAAUUGAAACAAACCACUUCUGCAGCCAGAUUAACAGUGAUGUUCGGCAGUGCCUACUAUACGACUCUCCGGAUGCCAAUGCCAGACUUAUUGGCAUAGAGUACAUGAUCACACCGCAGCUUUACGAGACUUUGCCCCCGGACGAGCGACGGCUAUGGCAUUCGCAUGUGUACGAAGUAAAAUCUGGUAUGCUGGUGAUGCCGAACCGCGUGAUACCACAGACUCCGUGGGACAUGGCAGAGAACAAGGAGAUGGGAGAGAUUGUCAAGCUGUACGGGAAAACGUAUCAUCUAUGGCAGACAGAUAGGGGUGAUAAGUUGCCACUUGGGGAACCACAGUUGGUGACAAAUUACACAAAUGACGGGCAGCCGGACUUUAAGAAGGUGGAGGACAGGGACGAGCGGUUCGGGACCGACUACAGAGCGAAGAGGGAUGCAAGACAGGGAAUCCCCACCCCGGACAUACACAAAGAUGCGGACUCCUACUGGAAGGGUUGA